CCAGAGAACACAAAACGAAAGAUUACAUUAUAUUGCUUUGAGGCCACUCAUGUUUGUGAAGAUUAUGGCGUUGGCGUUUUUGUUGGUUACAGCAAUAGUACCAGUGAGAGGUGAAGAUACAAGUUUCACCUUUAACAAUGGCUUCCUGUCUGCUAAUUUAACUAUGGACGGUCUUUGUUCCAUCACUUCCAAUGGCCUCCUCCAACUCACCAAUGAAACCAGGCUGCAAAAGUGUCAUGCUUUUUACCCAAAUCCAAUAGGUUUCUCAAACACUUCAUCUUUCUCCACCACUUUCGUUUUCGCCAUUAGACCUCAAUAUCCAACUCUGAGUGGUCAUGGAUUAGCUCUUGUAGUUUCUCCAGCAAAAGCAUUUCCAGGUGCUCUGGGCAGUCAAUACCUCGGCCUCUUCAAUGGAACCAACAAUGGCAACCCCAAAAAUCAUGUGCUCGCAGUGGAGUUUGACCCUGUUCAGAACAACGAGCUUGGGGAUAUCAAUGAUAACCAUGUUGGAAUUGAUAUUAACGGCUUGAACUCAACAAAAUCUGCUCCUGUAGGAUAUUAUGUUAAUGGGUUGGAGUUUCAUAAUUUGAGCCUCAUCAGUGGCCUUCCGAUGCAGGUGUGGGUGGAUUAUGAUGGAGCCAACAAGCAAAUCAAUGUCACACUAGCUCCGAUCAACUUGAACAAACCCCAAACACCAUUGUUAAUGUUGUCCCAAGAUCUUUCUCACAUUCUAAAAAAUCCUAGUUAUGUCGGAUUCUCAUCUUCGACAGGGUCACUCGUAGCUUCUCACUAUGUUCUUGGUUGGAGUUUCAAGGUCAAUGGGGAAGCUCAAAACCUUGUAACCUCUGAACUCCCAAAGCUACCACGACUUGGAGGAAAAAAACAAUCUAUGAUUUUGUUAAUUGGGUUACCUUUGUUUUUUCUCUGUUUAAUUAUUUUGGCGAGUUUAUCUAUAGUUUAUUACAUAAACAAGAGAAGGAAGUUUUCUGAGAUUGUGGAGAAGUGGGAGGAAGACUAUGGUGGUCAUAGGUUUAAAUACAAAGAUCUCUACUUGGCCACAAAAGAAUUUGGGGAGACAGAGCUUUUGGGAAGUGGUGGAUUUGGAAAGGUGUAUAAAGGUACAAUGCCUGGUUCGACAAUGGAGGUUGCUGUGAAGAAAGUAUCCCACGAAUCCCGACAGGGAAUGAAGGAAUUCAUAGCAGAAAUUGUGAGUAUCGGUCGCGUUCGUCAUCGAAACCUCGUAUCUCUUUUGGGAUAUUGCAGGCGAAAAGGUGAGCUCCUUUUAGUCUAUGACUUCAUGCCCAAUGGAAGUUUAGAUAAAUAUCUCUUUAACCAACCCAAGGAGACACUAAAUUGGAUGCAAAGAUUCACAAUCAUCAAAGGCAUAGCUUCAGGUUUGUGUUAUCUACAUGAAGAAUGGGAGCAGGUCGUGGUUCACAGGGACAUAAAAGCAAGCAAUGUUUUGCUAGAUUCAGAGCACAAUGGAAGGCUAGGAGAUUUUGGUCUAGCAAGGUUAUAUGAUCAUGGGAGUGAUCCUGCAACUACACAUGUGGUCGGGACUUUUGGGUAUCUUGCACCGGAGAACACAAGAACAGGGAAAGCGACGACAAAGACUGAUGUUUUUGCUUUUGGUGCGUUUUUGCUCGAGGUUGCUUGUGGAAGAAGGCCUAUUGAGCAAGGAAGUGAUGGUGAGAGCGUGAUUUUGGUGGAUUGGGUUCAUGGGCUGUGGAAGAGGGGUGAGAUCAUUGAGGCAAUAGAUCAAAAUUUAGGAAGAGAUUACAGAGCAGAGGAGGUUGAAUUGGUGUUGAAGCUUGGACUUUUGUGUUCAAAUUCUCAGCCUUUAAGUAGGCCAAGCAUGCGUCAAGUUAUGCAGUAUUUGAACAGGGAUGUGCCUUUGCCUGAUUUGUCUUUGAUAAUCUCAACUCCUUCUUGUUUUGAGUUCAAAUUUGGGAUUCAUAAAGAUUUUGAUGACAUCGGAAUGUCCUUUCCAUCUUCUAGCACGGGAGGCUGUUUUUCUCGUAGUUCAAUGCCUGAAUCGGUUCUCUCUGGUGGUCGUUGAUUUGGUAAGGAGUCAGACGUGUCCAAAGUAUAAAGUAGUUUAUUUAGUAAGGACAUGCAUUAGUGUUUGUUGGGCACUAGCAUUACGUAUGUUUGUUAUGGUAUUGGUAAAUUAGAUGCCUUGUGGAAAAGUAUAAUUAAGGAAAUAUUAUGGUUUUUUUUGGA